AUGCUAUAAAAGGAGAUGUUCUACAUCAUGUGCUGAUCCUGUGCUCUAAUUUCACCCUGUUGACUAUGAUAAUAAAACAGGUUGUAAAAGCAGGUUAAUUACAAACCUUGGCAACCCGAACAGGGGGAAUAUUACUGCUGUUUACUCUCUGAUCAGCCAGAAGACUCACAACAGGGAAAGUUCAGGGUUUUAUUCAGCAGUUUAUUGUGUCGAGGUUUAAACUUGAUCCAGUGAAGGAGCUUUACUUUGACUAAAAAGCAUUACAUCAUCACUGAAGGUCAUGGAGGAAGCUGGAGGAUCACGCAGUCACGACCGUUGUCAGUUCCUGUCCUUGUCUCCUGUCCAGACCAUAAACCUGAUCCUGAUUGGAGAGAGAGAGGCUGGGAAGAGCGCAGUUGGAAACGCCAUACUGGGCACCAUGACCUUCGACCAGGUGGGGGUGAGGACCAGGAAAAGUGUUCGUCAGGAAGGUGUGGUGAGAGGAAAGCAUGUGGUGGUGGUGGACACACCAGGCUGGGAAUGGUUUAACCUGAGCGGCUGCUCUGCGUCCCCCGUGGCUGUGAGGAAGGAGAUGAUCUCAGGUAUGACCCUGUGCCACCCAGGUGCUCAUGCUCUGCUGCUGGUGGUUCCUCUGUCCUUCUCUUUCUCUUCAAGGGAACGUCGUGUUGCGGAGGAACACGUUGAUCUGUUCGGACCACAAGCCUGGAGACACACACUGGUCCUGUUCACCGUGAUGGACACCAAGCUCCUCCAUGAUUCUGCCCUGCAGGAUGAGGUGGAGUUGAAUAGCGAGCUGCAACAGCUGGUGGAGAAGUGCAGUGGGAGGUACCAUGCUCUCCACGGGAGACCCAAAAGAGGAGAGGACCAGGUCGCAGAUCUUUUGUCUAAGAUCCAAGAGAUGGCGUUUGGUGACGGAGAAUCGAUGCUCCUCAGUGACCAAGUGAUGAAGUGGUCCAGGCAGAGAGAGGAGGAGGAAGAGAGACAAAAAGAGGAAGAGAGGAGGAGGAGAGAAGUGAUGAUGCAAAGAGUCAAGCAGACUUCCAGGAAGAAGGAGGUGGAGAAGAGAACGAGAGGAAAUAAAAUAAAAGACACUGAAAAGGAAGAGAACAGACAUCAGAAAAGAGACAUGAAGGAGGCAGAUCUUCAGGACCCGUCAGUGACUGAGCGAGUCGGGACGUAUUUCACUCACUUCUGUAAGACACAGUAGAAGGAACAGGAGAAGAUGGAAGUGUGCAAGAUACUACAGAAGAUUUACUUCAGACUCUUUCACUUUUGUAUUCAGUCACACACACACACACACACAUACAAACACAAACACACACACACACACAUACAUACAUACAUACAGACACACACACACACACACACACACACACACAUACAUACAUACAUACAUACAGACACACACACACACACACACACACACACAUACAUACAUGCAUACAUACAUACAUACAGACACACACACACACAUACACACAUACAGACACACACACGCGCAGACAUACAUACAGACACACACACAGACACACACACACAUACAAACACAAACACACACACACACACAUACAUACAUACAUACAGACACACACACACACACACACACAUACAUACAUACAUACAGACACACACACACACACAUACAUACAUGCAUACAUACAUACAUACAUACAUACAUACAGACACACACACACACACACACACACAUACACACAUACAGACACACACACGCGCAGACAUACAUACAGACACACACACAGACACACACACACAUAGACACACACAUACACACACAUAUACAUACAUACAUACAUACAGACACACACACACACACACACACACACACACACACA